CGGAGCACUCAGGCGUUUAGCGCAAACACCUCAUUGGGGUCCUUCUUCGCCGCGGUGGUCAGAGGGAGCCUGUCCCUGCCUGCUCUCGGCCGGUCGGCCGCCGAACCCCAGUCUGUUUCAUGAUUUUCUCUCGUUUCUUGGCAAAAAUGGCAAAUAAUGAUGCUGUUUUAAAGAGACUGGAGCAGAAGGGUGCAGAGGCGGAUCAAAUCAUUGAAUAUCUUAAGCAGCAAGUUGCUCUUCUUAAGGAGAAAGCAAUUUUGCAGGCAACCUUGAGAGAAGAGAAGAAACUUCGAGUUGAAAAUGCUAAGUUGAAGAAAGAAAUUGAAGAACUGAAACAAGAGCUAAUUCAGGCAGAAAUUCAAAAUGGGGUGAAGCAAAUACAAUUUCCAUCUGGAACUCCACUGCAAGCUAAUCCUGCGGUUUCUGAAAAUAUGAUACAGUCUACACCAGUAACAACCAUGUCUUCUGGUGCCAAAGAACAUAUGAAAGGAAGCGCAGGUGAAGAAAAGAAGGCGAAAGAGAAAACUGAAAAGAAGGGAGAGAAAAAGGAGAAAAAACAGCAGUCAGUAGCAGGAGGUGCCGACUCCAAGCCAAUCGACGUUUCCCGUCUGGAUCUUCGAAUUGGUUGCAUCGUAACUGCCAAAAAACAUCCUGAUGCAGAUUCCUUGUAUGUUGAAGAAAUAGAUGUUGGAGAAGUAGCCCCAAGAACAGUUGUCAGUGGCCUGGUGAAUCAUGUUCCUCUUGAACAGAUGCAGAAUAGGAUGGUGAUUUUGCUUUGUAACCUGAAACCUGCAAAGAUGAGGGGAGUACUCUCUCAAGCCAUGCUGAUGUGUGCUAGUUCACCGGAGAAGGUUGAAAUACUGGCUCCUCCUGAUGGGUCUGUUCCUGGAGACAGAAUUACUUUUGAUGCUUACCCUGGAGAGCCCGACAAGGAACUGAAUCCUAAGAAGAAGAUUUGGGAGCAGAUCCAGCCAGAUCUUCAUACUAAUGACAAGUGUGUGGCUACAUACAAAGGAGCUCCCUUUGAGGUGAAAGGGAAGGGAAUGUGUAGGGCUCAGACAAUGGCCAACAGUGGAAUCAAGUAAAAUAAAAUGUUUCAUUCAUGAAAUACAGUGGAGAAAACUUAAAUAAUAAUAAAAAGGACUAUAUUUGUCACUUGUA